AUGACCACAACCACAUUACCAUCCAGCAUACUACUUGAUAAUUCUGUCACUAGUGAUAUAUCGACAGUAACACCCUCAUUAUCCAACCUACAUGUGGCUACAGACUUAUACAACUAUGCCAAUGGAGGAGGCUCAGUGCAAACUGUUGACUCUUCUUCUUCAUCAUCAUCAUCCUCAUCAAUCACGGGGUUACUUUAUGCUAGUGCAUCAUCUGAUUUAGCUGAUGCCACUGGUUCAUUUUCAGCUAGUUCUGAUGUAAAGACUUUAAGUAUCUCAUCAUCCAAAGCUAGUGGUUCAAAAUCAAGCGCAUCAUCAAUCUCGUCGGAUGGUUCUGCUAGUGGUUCUUCUUCCAGCACAGCCUCUGCUUCGUCGGAAAAUAGUGCAAGUAAUAACAAUGUUGCUGGGUCUUUGAAGAAUGGCAAAUACUUAUUGAUGUUUUCGUUGUUUACUGUUGCUUCGAUGGUUGUUUCGAUUUGA